ACGUACCUUUCUUGUGGAGCCUAUACUAGAGAAACCUACACCAUCACCCUCCUCUCUCUCUCUCUCUCUCUCUCUUUCUCUCUUUCUCUGGCACUUUGAGUGCACAGUUGUACUGGACUUCCUUGGUGCACGGAUCUUCUCAUUAAAUAGAUACAUCAGGAAUUGGCGUCUAAGCAAGGGUUGUCAGUGAAAGGGUAAGGAGGACCAAGUGGGGAAAGGCAAGAAAGAGCAAAAAAAAAGAAGAAGAGCAAGAACAAGACUGCUAGAAGCAUCUCAAACCUUGUGAAGUAGCUUCUACUUCCUCCAAGUGUCAGUUUUAAUAAGCUCUAUUAUAGUGAUAUAAUAAAUUAUACAAAAGAACUGUGAGCCUGAGAGAGUGGAAACAAGAAGGAUUCAGCCGGGUUCCCGUAGCCGAGCUCGAGAAGUUAAAAGAAGCUAAGUAAGGAAGUGUUUCCUCACUGCCGGAGAGCCCCUGACUCCUCGUUCAAGAUGAUGAUGUAUUUGUGGGGUAAUCAAGACGCCCCAGCACCCCCAGAAACCAUGGCCCAGCCUUACCCAUCGGCCCAGUUCGCUCCCCCUCAGAACGGCAUUCCUGCUGAGUACACGCCGUCCCACCCUCACCCGACUCCAGACUACUCGGGCCAGACCCCCGUGGCAGAGCACACGCUGAACAUGUACCCCCCUGCCCAGACGCACAGUGAGCCCAGCGGACCAGACAACAGCAUACAGGCGGUCUCCGGCACAGCCACACAGACAGACGAUUCAGCACAGACAGACAGCCAACAGCAAACACAGUCAUCUGAAAACACAGAAAACAAAACACAGCCCAAGAGGCUCCACGUCUCCAACAUCCCCUUCAGGUUCAGAGAUCCAGACCUCAGGCAAAUGUUUGGCCAAUUUGGUAAAAUCUUAGAUGUUGAAAUCAUAUUUAAUGAACGAGGAUCAAAGGGUUUUGGUUUCGUAACUUUCGAAAAUAGUGCCGAUGCGGACAGGGCCAGAGAGAAAUUACACGGCACGGUGGUAGAAGGUCGUAAAAUAGAGGUUAACAAUGCAACAGCACGGGUAAUGACGAAUAAAAAGACCGUCAACCCAUAUGCAAACGGCUGGAAGUUGAAUCCAGUCAUGGGUGCAGUCUACAGCCCAGAAUUCUAUGCAGUGCCAGGUUUCCCAUACCCAGCAGCCACGGCGGCAGCGGCGGCGGCGUACAGAGGGGCACACUUAAGAGGAAGAGGGCGCACCGUCUACAAUACGUUCCGGGCAGCUGCGCCUCCCCCACACAUCCCAGCCUAUGGGGGGGUGGUUACGCUGCCUACCGAUACACUCAGCCUGCUACUGCUACCGCCGCUGCCUACAGUGACAGAAAUCAUUUCGUCUUCGUUGCAGCAGAUGAAAUUUCUUGUAACACCUCCUCAGUUACGGACGAGUUUAUGCUGCCGACCCCUACAACCACGCACUUGCUCCAGCAGCCGCAUACAGCGUUGGUGCCAUGAAUGCUUUCGCUCCCUUGACUGAUGCCAAGACCAGAAGCCACGCCGACGAUGUGGGUCUCGUUCUUUCUUCUUUACAGGCUAGUAUAUACCGAGGUGGAUACAGUCGUU